AUGGCACUUGCCAUAUCAACCCUUCUCUUCCUUUUGUUCACCAUAUCAUCUGCCUUGGACAAGUCAAUCCUAAACUAUAAUGACAAUCACCUAGACCAUGAUCAAUCAAGCUGGAGAAGCGAUGAUGAGGUGAUGAGUAUAUACAAAUGGUGGCUUGCAAAACAUGGUAAAGCAUACAACAAGCUAGGAGAGAAAGCUAAGAGGUUUGAAAUCUUUAAGAACAAUUUGAGGUUCAUUGAUGAACAUAACUCCCAAAACCAUACGUACAAAGUUGGGUUGACUAAGUUUGCUGAUCUUACCAACCAAGAGUACCGUGCCAUGUUUUUGGGCACGAGGAGUGAUCCUAAGCGUAGAUUAAUGAAGUCUAGAAACCCGAGUGAAAGGUACGCUUUCAAGGCUAGUGACAAGCUGCCAGAAUCCGUGGAUUGGAGAGCAAAAGGAGCAGUUAAUCCGAUCAAAGAUCAAGGAAGUUGUG